AUGCACGCCAAAGAUCUUGAUAAAGUUAGCGACUCCGAGAGUCCGACCGAGAUCGAAACCAGAUCGAAAGACAGAGACACGGCAAGCAAAGGUAACAAAGAGUUACCUGGCUCGUCAAUGAAUGAAGAGUUGGGUAGGCAAUUUGCAGGUAUGAUGAGACAACAACAAGAUUUCUUUACAGAUUGUAUUCAGUCUCUGAGAGCAGAAGUUGGGGCUCUGAAUAAUAGAAUGAAAGAAGUAGAGGGGAAACCUUUAAGUACAAGUCCCCAACAUGCUACAAAUGUGAGUGUGGAUUUUGAUAAGCCAUUUAAAAGGAACGUGGAUUUAGAAAGGUGGCACAUCAAAUUUGAUGGCUCCAAUCGAGAUAUGACGGUGGAAAGCUUUUUGUUUCGCGUCGAGAGAAUGCGUGAGCAGUAUGGUGUGUCAUAUCAGCAGCUGUUUACCGAAUUUCAUUGUCUGCUGUCAGGUGAUGCUCUGAAAUGGUUCUGGCAGUUAUUGGAACACCAAGAAGGUAAUCGGUAUUUCGAUUAUUUUCAGUUAAAACCAGAGUUAUUAGCUCAGUUUAAAUCAGCAGAAAGUGAUUAUGAUAUAAUCAGAAGGAUCAUGGAGCGGAAACAACAACCUAAUGAAGAUUUUAAGCGAUUCUACAAAGACAUCCAUGACUUGACUUUCAGGCUGAAAAGGAAAAUACCGGAGCCAGAUCUGGCCGCUAUUAUCAAGAACAAUAUCAGAGCAGGAUUGGCUAGCCUGUUGUUUUCAGCUACUUUCAGCUCUUUGACCGAUCUACGGAGGGAGUGUAACCGAGCUGAAAAAUUGUUAAGAGAAAACAAAAGGAGGAAUCAACACAUCAGUGAGGUUUGUCAGAAAGAAAUAGAGUAUAGGGACCAGAAAAAUAACCCUAGAUGGGGGGUAGAGGUAAUAGGUUUGGAACAUCGUGAGAAAGGCAUGGAUAUGUCAAAAGUCCGAACUGAUCCAGAACCGGAGAGAUUGACCCGAUAUAGAAGUGGGGUAGAGAAGGAUGGUAAUAACGAUGUGGGAAAAAGUAGGCAAGAUAGAGGUGCUCUUUGUCCAUCACCUUUCCACUUAAAUUUGUGCUAUUCGUGCGGUAUGCCCGUAGACUUUUAUACAGUUAGGCAAGGUUCUGACCAAAAAACUAUGUGUACAAUAGUUACAUUAGAUGGAGAUAAUAGAAUUUAUGUCAAAACUAAGGUUAAUCAGGAAGAAGUGAUGGCCUUAUUAGACUCAGGAGCAAUGGCCAACUGUAUAGGAAAGGAAGCAUUGGAGUUUCUACGAAAGCAACCAAGUAAGCUAGUGAAAUUAACAGGUAAAGCCAUAAAAACUGCCAGUGGGGGAGAGGUACCUGUGAUUGGAGUAGUAUCACUACCAGUCCUUUGGGAAGGUCAAACUGAAAUUAUGGAUUUUUUAGUAGUACCUACACUACAGCAACCAUUCUACUUUGGAAUCGACUUCUGGAAGACAUUUGAGAUCCCCUUGAUUACCAAGCGAAUCCGAAAAGCUGAAACGUUAGGCAACAUAGGCGAAUUGACACCUUGUUCUGCUGAUUUAAAAUUAACCAAACAACACCCAUUGAAUACUAGCCAGCAAAAGAAACUAGAGCAAGUUAUUAAGGAAUUUCCUUCUUUUAGUGAAUUAGGCUUAGGAAGUACCAAUGUCGAAAGUCAUAAGAUAGAGGUAACGAAUGAACAGCUACCGGUGAAGCAACGACACUACCCGAUUUCGCCUGCUAUUCAAAAGCUUAUGUAUGAUGAAUUAGAUCGAAUGUUAAGCUUAGGAGUUAUUAAAGAAAGCAAUAGUAGCUGGAGUUCGCCUGUAACCUUAGUUGUGAAGGAAAAUAAACAUAGGUUGUGUUUAGAUGCACGUAAGGUCAACGAUCGCACAAUCAAAGACGCCUAUCCUUUGCCCCACAUUGAAGGUAUCCUAAGUAGGUUGCAGGACACCAAGUAUAUUUCGGCGAUAGAUCUCAAGGAUGCCUUUUGGCAAAUUCCGUUGGAGAGGGAAUCAAGAGAGAAGACAGCGUUUACGGUACCAGGUAGGCCACUGUACCAGUUUACGGUUAUGCCAUUUGGGCUGUGUAAUGCCGCUCAGAGAAUGUGUCGUCUGAUGGACAAGGUUAUUCCAGCAGCUCUACGUGAACGUGUAUUCGUUUAUCUUGAUGACCUAUUGGUAUGCUCAAGUGAUUUCGAAACUCAUAUGAUAUUAUUAAAGAAAGUUGCUGAUUGCCUAAGUAAAGCUAACUUGACAAUAAAUGUACAGAAAAGUAAGUUCUGUCAUAUAGAAGUAAAGUAUUUGGGAUAUAUUGUGGGCAACGGCAUUAUUAAAACGGAUCCUGCGAAGGUUGAGGCCAUGAACAUGUUUCCAGAGCCCAGAACAGCAAAACAACUUCGACGAUUUCUGGGCAUGACAGGAUGGUACAGACGCUUUAUACAAGAUUACGCGACGAUUGCUGCAUCCCUGCAUGACUGUCUCAGCAAAGGUAAUUUAAAGAAAUUCACCUUAACUGAUCAGGCCAAAGUUGCUUUUGACAAGUUAAAAACUAGCCUCAUUACGGCACCAGUACUGACGAAUCCCGAUUUUAAUCAACAUUUUUACAUCCAAUGCGAUGCUUCUGCAGAUGGCAUAGGGGAUGUCCUGUUUCAAAUAGAUCAAGCUGGAAAUGAACGGCCUAUAGCCUAUAUGUCUUCCAAGUUGAAUAAAGCACAAAAAAAUUAUAGUGUGACCGAACAAGAGUGUCUUGCAGCUGUACUUAGUGUAAAGAAGUUUAGAGCGUAUAUAGAGGGCCUGCCAUUCACAAUCAUAACGGACCAUGCGAGUCUCAAAUAG